AUGUCUUCGUCUAUCAGUGAUUCACAAGGGAAAUUAAAUGAACUCCUUGAAAGUAUUAGAAAAGAGUUUAAUAAUGUUUCUCAAGAGGCAAAUUCUUACCGUCUACAAAAUCAAAAAGAUUUUGAUUACAAAAUUAAUCAAAAUUUAGCAGAAAUGCAACAAAUUAGAAAUACUGUGUAUGAAUUAGAGUUAUCUCAUAGAAAGUUAAAAGAUUCUUAUCAAGAAGAAAUAAAUAGAUUGAAAUUAGAAAUCUCUCAAAAGGAUCAACAGAUUGCAACAUUAAGUCAACAACAACAACAGUUACAACCUCAACAACCUCAACAGCCACUACCUGUCCAACCUCAAGUUCCUCAACUACCUCAAGUACAAUCUCAAACCCAGUUACCUCAAGUUCAACCAAUUGCAACUGAAGCUCCAAGUGUUCAAUUGCCAGGUACAAGUGUAGGUGCUCCAAAAGCUCCAGAAGUUGCUCGUCCUUUAACUCAAGGUCCAGGUAAUGGUCCAACUUUAGCUCCAUUAAUCAGUGCUUUAGGUUCACAAUUACAGCAACCACAAACCAAUGAACAAGAAGUUCCAAAGGCCACAACAGCUUCAAUCCCACCAAUUACCACAACAGAAACUGCUCAAUCAACCACUACUCCAAGCAUGCCUCCAAUUGCGCCAGCUCCAAUUGCACCAGCCGGCAGUGCAUCUCCAACAUCUCCAGUCACAAAGACAGAAACGACCAUUCCAGAAACUAAGACAGAAAAGGAAGCUAAGCCAGAAGAACCUCAACAAGCUACUAAUGAUCAUUACCUAGUCCCAUAUGACCAAAGAGCUAGUCAAGUUAAACCAAUCCCACCAUUUUUGUUAGACUUGGAUUCUCAACAAGUGCCGGAUAAUUUGAAGAAACAAGCUGAAGAUUACUAUGUUUUAUAUAAUCCAGCUUUACCACGUUCCGUUGAUGUUGAUUUAUUAUUUUCUUUGGACCAUACCUCUGUUGUCUGUUGUGUUAAGUUUAGUAAUGAUGGUGAAUAUUUAGCCACCGGGUGUAACAAAACUACACAAGUCUACAAGGUCUCCACAGGUGAAUUAGUUGCUAAAUUAAUGGAUGAUAAUGCUAAUCCUGUCUCCGGUACUUCUAGCUCCGAGGAGAAUGGUGCUAAUGGAUCAGGUAACAGUAAUACUUCUUCCGCUGAUUUGUAUAUUCGUUCUGUUUGUUUUUCCCCAGAUGGGAAAUACCUUGCCACUGGUGCUGAAGACAGAUUGAUUAGAAUUUGGGAUAUUGCUCAGGCCAAGAUUGUUAUGGUAUUACAAGGUCACGAUCAAGAUGUCUACUCUCUAGAUUACUUCCCAUCAGGUGAUAAAUUAGUUUCUGGUUCUGGUGACAGAACCGUUAGAAUGUGGGAUCUAAAGACUGGUCAAUGUUCUUUAACUCUAUCUAUUGAGGAUGGUGUUACCACUGUUGCUGUUUCUCCAGGUGAUGGUAAAUACAUUGCUGCUGGUUCCCUAGAUCGUGCGGUUAGAGUAUGGGAUUCUGAAACUGGUUUCUUAGUAGAGAGAUUAGAUUCCGAAAAUGAAUUAGGUACGGGACAUAAGGAUUCAGUCUACAGUGUUGUAUUCACUAGAAACGGUAACAAGGUUGUAUCAGGUUCUCUUGAUAGAACUGUGAAAUUAUGGAAUCUACGUAAUUCCAGUGGUGCAUCAAAUACUGCCGAAGCAAACCAAUCUUCAAAGACUACAAAUGGAACAUGUGAAGUUACAUAUGUAGGACAUAAGGAUUUCGUAUUAUCGGUAACGACAACAGCAAAUGAUCAAUACAUUCUUUCUGGUUCGAAAGAUCGUGGUGUUCUAUUUUGGGAUACACCUACAGGGAAUCCACUUCUAAUGUUACAGGGUCACAAAAACUCUGUUAUAUCGGUGGCUGUUGCCAAUGGUAAGCCACUAGGUGAACAAUAUGAAGUUUUUGCCACUGGUAGUGGUGAUUGCAGGGCAAGAAUCUGGAAAUUCUCGAAAACUAACGGUCAUGAUGAACAAAACAAAAUAUCUGAAGCUUGA